GCAGGCAGGAGAGGCAGGCCACCGUUCUCCUAGCAGUCUCGCCUCGUCCAGGACAAUCCCCUGGAUCGCGGUUGGCCCCGUAGCUGGAGAAAUUGUCUGCCUCUCGACGAUCAAAGUACUCGGCUGACCGAGGUGGCGAACGUCUCGUUCGCCGCGCGAUCGCUCAGUCGCCUCCUUUCCUCGAGUGCGUUUUCGCCGCAGCUGCGACCCAGCCGCGCUGCUCGCUCGCUCGCUCGUUCGCACCUGCGAUAGUUUCUACACCGGCGACACGUGUGACUCGGGACGGUGCUCGCUUUCCUCCGACGAGGACACGGAGACUCGGAAGUGCGGGAUUUUGUGAGAAAUCAGCGAGAUCAGUGUCCGACCGAGUUUAUCGUCGAUCAGAGUGAUUGUUGUAGUCUUCCGUUGGAUGAUUCAGGUACGGGCAAAGGGAUGGAACUACCCCCGUUGUCGUUUUCCCGCGAAUUCCGAGUGCUCACGGGGCGAUCAAGUCGCUAAUAUCUCCGUUUGGAAACGAGAAGCCGGAAUCAUUAAGAGGCGCGAGGGAAAUGCGCUUUGACGAUCCCUAAUUGCGCUAAAACUCGGAAACAGACCGGAACAACCGGGAACACAGUGGAAGAUCGUCGACUUCGAGUGAUCAUUUGAGAUCACCGACGAUCGUCGCUCGAGGCAGCGAGUUCACGAUGAUCCUCGCAGCCAGCCACGUCCUGGAGGAGCGCUAACGAAGAGCGUGAGGAAUCGCAGGCAGAAAAAUGACCGUCGCGAUGGAGCACAAGCGGAAGAGCUCGUGGGAUUCGAAGAUCUCGGUGAGCACAGUGAGUACCAGAAGAUUCAGCCGAGCCGGAACACCGAGCUCUAUUUUAUCUUCCGACAGCGACAUCCGCUUCACAAGAAAGCUCGGCGGCCAGUAUCGCUGCGGAUGCUGCGUCCUCGCCGCUUUCUUGCUCUUUCUCCUCUUCUCGGGCGUCUCCAUAUACCUCGGCUACACGUUCCUUACCUCGGAUCCACCCGGCGAUCAGAUAUUCCUCGCGACAUUCCGAGUUACCAAAGGUGAUUCCUUCACCGCGGAGCUGGCAGACCCCUCUACCGAGGCCUUCCGACUGCGAUCGCGAGAGUAUCGCGAUCGUCUUAAUCUCAUCUUCCGUCGCAGCUGGCUGAAGCUGUCGUUCCUCGCGGCGGACGUCCUCGCGCUCGACGGCAUUGAAGGUCGCGACCUGGUGGUGCACUUCGACGUGAGGUUCGACCCGCGAUAUCAGACCAUAACCACCGGCAAUAUCGUGGACAUUCUAUCGCGAGAGUUGAGCCCGGAAACUUCACGGUACCUCGCGAACCUCACGAUAGAAGCGAAGAGUCUCGAGGUGCAGGAAAGUCUGAAGGCCCUCAACGCGCAGAUCAGCCUGCAAUCGACCGUCUCGACGUUACCGCCGACGACGACAGCCCCACCGCCGAGAAGAUGCAGCAAAUUGGACCUGGCCUACUGCAAACACCUGCCGUAUAAUAUCAGCUCAUAUCCGAAUAUAUUGGGACACCGGUCGUUGGCAGACGUCGAGGAAGAUGUCAUCGCUUUUAGGGAGCUAGUGGACGCGGAAUGCUAUCCGUUGGCCUACGACUUCGUCUGCCAGGUAUUGCAGCCGGCGUGUCGGUCGAGUCAGCCCGAGGAUCUGCUGCAACUGCCUUGUCGCAGCUUCUGCAGGGAGUUCUGGAACGGAUGCGGCAGUCGUCUCCCGGAGAAGAUCAAGCGCGCUUUGGAUUGCUCCAAUUUUCCAGAGUACGCCGAACCUGGUAGUUGCAGGUCGAAACCAGGAUGUGUUCAAGCGCUUCAGUCGAAAGCUCUGUCCCCGAGAAUUUGCGACGGUGUGAUCGAUUGUCCGGAUCUUUCGGACGAGAAGAACUGCGCUUAUUGCCGAGACGGCUACAUGCAUUGCGGAGUGGGAAGAGCUUGUAUACCACACGCGAAACGGUGCGACGGCAAGGCGGACUGUCCGAAUGGCAGCGACGAGAAGGAUUGCCUGUCUUUGGCGCCGAGCGUUCAUGCGUUGAGAUCGCAAUCGUGGAGCACACCGCACGCCGCGAGGUACAAUAAAGAAGGCUAUGUUGUGUUCAACGAAAAGGGCACUGUCGGCAAACUCUGCACGGCAAACUUGAACGCCACUCUCCCAGAAACGGAAAUGGAUAACGUUUUGCAAACAGCAGCGAGCUCGCUGUGCACUUUACUCACAUAUACCGGUGUAGCUUCCGUCGAAGUAAGAAUUGACGAUGAAGAGGAUGUUCCAUACGUGUACAUGGAGGAUCCAUCAGCACCGGAAAUCACUUUCGUCAGGGCUCCUUGUCCCAGCAAGGAAGUGCUGUAUGUUCGAUGCUCCGAUCUCGAGUGUGGAAUACAAUCUUUACGUAACAAUGGCGGCACUGAAGGUCUCAAUAAAAUGGCGGAACCCGGAGACUGGCCUUGGCACGUUGCGCUAUUCAAGGAGGGAGUUCAUGUUUGCGACGCCACUCUUGUGGCAGAUAACUGGUUACUCACGACCGCAUAUUGUUUCCAAGGUCAACCGAAAGCGGAAUGGUCGGCCAGACUCGGCGUCGUACGACUCUCAAGCACUUCACCUUGGCAACAAGAACGCAGAAUCGUCGGUAUGAUUAAAUCACCGAUGGAAGGCACGACCGUUCUGGUGAAAUUGGACAGACCGGUGACGACCUUUUCGGACUUCGUGAGACCGGUUUGUCUGCCCUCCAGCGAAGAUCCACCGAGCAACGCGUCGCAAUGCAACACUCUUGGCUGGGCUAGAAACCGCGAUUUACUGCAAAGGGUACAGCUGAAACACAGCGCGAUGGAGAGGUGCGAAAACAUUAGCAUCCCGUCGGUAAACAGUGUUUGCACAGAACAGGCGUACUCCAUGGAUGAUUGUAACGAGGAGGAACUCGCCGGCAGUCCAAUGCUGUGCCUCCAAGUAGAUGGCCGAAAAUGGGCACUGGAGGGUAUCGGCAGCUGGAGGAUAGCUUGUUCGAAAGACGGCAUCGAGAGACCUCGAUUGUACGACAAAAUUUCGUCGCACAUUGACUGGAUCAAGUCCACGGUUGGCUGAGGCUUUGGAGUUCAUCGAGUCCGACCAAUGUCGUUCCAUGAGCGAGACUUAAUGUCCACUGAUACUGAAAAUCGAAAUUGUGAUAAAAAUUGCUAAUUUGUUACGCGAUAUAUCGUUACCGUGCGUUGACAGACUCUAUCGCAUCUGUUUCAUAUAAGAACACACAUUGUGCUGCCGUUAUCGAAACAGUCGUUUCGUCGGGCACGGAAAGGUCGUAAAAUGCUGCGUUUCUGUAAAUAUAAAUAUUUUAAUCUAGGACACGAGAGUCCUUUGUUACCGUGGCAUAAUUUUUUAACUUAUUUUUCUCGUUCUAUAUACGUAUGUAGAACGAAAAGAAAUGUGUAUAUAUAUAUAUAUAUAUGUUUAUAUAUAUACAUUUUUUUCUUUGAAUGUAUAAUACGUAAUUGCUUUGUAUUUUAGCCUUAAGUCUUCUACCGUUACUUUAAUGAUAACGAUGCAAUUUUAUUUUUAAGAUCGAUAAAAUAUAAGAUGAUAUUUCAUAUGUAAGAAUACAUACACAAUAGUUCACACGCAUUAAAGUUUCUUAAAAUAAUAA